CUCACUAUUGAAGGAAGCUGAAUUUUCAAAUACUUCAGUGUUAAAGAGCUCUGAAGUUCCGAUAUAGAAGAAAAGAAAAAAGGUGUAGUCCAAACUCCAAAGAGCUAUGAAUUUACCUCGUUGGCAAAGAGGCAGGGAGAAGACAAGUUAGGGCGGUGAAGGAGGUAUUGUGUGGUGGAGAGGAGGUCCGUCAAUUAGCUAACGGAAAAAGGCUAUCAAACGAAGAGAUAACACCCUAAGGCUCUUAUUAUAUUAUUAGGGAGAUGCAAAUAAAAUUUUAGUGGGUGGGGGUUACGAAGUUGGCAAGAAUGGGCUGGGUACGCCUCUACCAUAUACCCUUCUCUCCUUCUUGCGAUUCUUUCUUUGAUUUCAUACCGGAGUAAAUUCCAACCUUUUUUCUCCUCAAUUUCAUAAAAAAACUUAUAUAGUGCCGGCAGGCGUUUUCAAGGUCGGGGACGAUUGAGGGUUUGAGGCCGCAGAGUGCCAUGGUGAUUUCUUAAGGGUGGUUUUCCCGUUCUGCGAGCCAAUGAUUUCUCAAAACGCACUUGGCCGUCCAUGGGAUCGGUGUCUGAUUAAGCACAGGCGUUAUUGGCGCAUGAGUCUGUGAUGAAUCGAUGAUACAUUUUCUUUAUUUCGUGGUUUGGUUUUGCGUUUAAGCACCGGCGUUUAACUUCCAUUUUUUUGUGGUUUGGUUUUGCGUUUCAAGUGUGAACCUCUGAUUGCGAUUGGAAUGAGUUUUUGUUAAUAAACUCAUGAGAGCACCAUCGUUGGCCCAUUGCAUACACCCACUCACAUUGAUUUUCUCUCUCAGGUCUGAGUGUGUGAAUGGAUGUUUUCAAAUGUAGGAGUCAUGCCGGGAAUUCUUGAGUCUUUUGGGAUAUUCAAUACAGGUGCAUAGAAUAUAUGAACUAUUAAUUAUCAGUGUGAUAGUAUUGAUUGGGUUUUUCAUUGUGUGAUGAUGUUUUUGGCAAUUCAUUUGCUAUCACUUUCAUAAGCAUUUUUUUGAAGGAUGCAUUUAGAAAGUUUUAUGUGGAUAAACAACAAAUGGGGUCUAAUUUUGUUUCCAGUUUUAUGUGGAUGCGGAGUAUAUCUCAAUUUGGACAUCCUAAUUUGUAUGAAAAUAACACUUUUGUUAGCACUCCGGGAAAACUCGAUAAAAAUUUGAGGGUUUAAGGGAGAGUGACAUACAACAGGCAUGCGGUAAUGGAUUUCGUUCCACACUUAUAUAAGUUAGUAUGAUUUUAACAUUGGAGAGUUGACUAUUUGAGAAACCAUACAAUUCUCUACAAGAUAUCAGUGUAUUCUCUCUUUUCGAUGGUGAAUUUUAAUAUACAGUAUACUUCUUUUAAUAAUAAACACUUCUUUUUUUGGAGUGUACUUGUAAUACUCCACUAGGUUUCUGUUUUUUGGUGAACUUUUAACACAGCGUGGAGUAUAGGUUAUUAUAUGGCCGAGGGAAAAGCCACACCUAACAGCACGAGCAGCAUCAAUUGGGUGAUGCAUGGGAAUCUUCAAUAGCAUAUCUAAGAAGUGCAUCACUUUGGUGUUUUUGAACUGAAAACUUUUUUGUUUUAUCCAUUAUUAAGUUACCUGUUGACUUAAUUUUUUGACUUUUAGCAAUUGUUCCGAAUUCUUUUGCGGUUUGUGACAAUUAAAAAUCAACCACCGAAGGCUUACAAUUCGGAAGCUAAAAAAGAGCUUCUCGACAACAUCCUUACCAAGAUCGUGUAAAUUAGUGUCCUGCCAUAGAAAUGUCUUGGCAAAUGGAGAAAUACUUGAUGGAGUAAGUGAACCCAGAGAACAUUCUUUCAGUAGAAUGGUAUGCUUUAGAUAUACAUGACUUCCAGCAACAGUAAGCCGAGCUUCUGCAUCUCGACCAAGAACUUCUCCACAUCAAAGCAUCCUCUUAAGGAGCUGCCCGUAACCAUAAAAAAAAUGAGGAGAGUUUAGAGGUCUGUGACUUCAUCAUCGAUGCGGGAAUUGGCAAAUUGUGCGAUCACGACCCACUACUUUGAGUCAAUAUUUCAUGCCCCUGCGGAAGAGCUGAUCCUGUCCAUCAUCACUCGCAACCUUCCCGAUACCCGCCGCCCUACCGUAGUUUAAUUGCCAACAAUGCUGCUGUCCGGCCACUGCAAUUGAUUAUGGCUGGGGCGUUAGGCAUGGGAGCAAAUUUUCAGAGGUGAAAAUUCAACAGAUUCAACAAUUAAGGGUUCACUUGAGUUUUCUAUGUGUUAUUGUGGUAGGUUGCACACCCAAAGACAAUCAUAACUUUAUAGGAGUAUGUGAUCCACUAAGGCUUUCAAGGUCUUGAACAAAAGCGCUAGCUUGAGCACAACACAAGGAGAUGAGAGAAUACGAUGUGAAGAUCUCUAGCAGAUGAAGAAUAUUACUAAAGAAGACUCUUUGCACAUACUCCAUCAAAGCAAUGGGUUUUCUACAAGGAGUUCUAGGUACAAAGGAGUUACAGUGCUCAAAUGUGGACGACAGGAGGCUAGAUUAGGGCAAUUCCUUGGGAAGAAGUUGAAUCUUGGCAGUCGCAAUUUGGAAUCUUGGCAGAGACGACAGAGACUCUACAGCUGCGGUUCCAGACAGUAGCGAGAAGUGGCCAAUGAUGAAGCUACCCUAUCGGUCAUCGGAAUGAUGGAAUCUUGCAACCUUCAAACCCAUCUGCUUUAUUUUUACCCUAUCAUCUAAUUAGUCUAUUUUGUGGUUUCAGGCCUCAAAGCCAUGAUGGACUUGCCUAUGAUAUUAAAUUUUACAGCAACACAAACUCACAAGGGAUUCAACAUUGUUAGGUGAUUCAAAUUGGAUGGAGGUUUCUUCAAGUUAUCCAUAUGAAGAAUUGUGCGCGGAUGUGUUGAGCUAAGUUGAUGGCCAAGGAUAUGCAUUGAAAUGAGUGGUGCCUCAAACACAUAUUUCGAGUGUGAACCUCUGAUUGCGAUUGGAAUGAGUUUUUGUUAAUAAACUCAUGAGAGCACCAUCGUUGGCCCAUUGCAUACACCCCCUCGCAUUGAUUUUCUCUCUCAGGUCUGAGUGUGUGAAUGGAUGUUUUCAAAUGUAGGAGUCAUGCCGGGAAUUCUUGAGUCUUUUGGGAUAUUCACUACAAGUGCAUAGAAUAUAUGAACUAUUAAUUAUCAGUGUGAUGGUAUUGAUUGGGUUUUUCAUUGUGUGAUGAUGUUCUUUGCAAUUCAUUUGCUUUCACUUUCAUAAGCAUUUUUUUUGAAGGAUGCAUUUAGAAAGUUUUAUGUGGAUAAACAACAAAUGGGGUCUAAUUUUGUUUCCAGUUUUAUGUGGAUGCGGAGUAUAUCUCAAUUUGGACAUCCUAAUUUGUAUGAAAAUAACACUUUUGUUAGCACUCCGGGAAAACUCGAUAAAAAUUUGAGGGUUUAAGGGAGAGUGACAUACAACAGGCAUGCGCAAUUGUUCCGAAUUCUUUUGCGGUUUGUGACAAUUAAAAAUCAACCAAUGAAGGCUUACAAUUCGGAAGCUAAAAAAGAGCUUCUCGACAACAUCCUUACCAAGACUAAAAUUUUAACAACUGGACCUAAGUGUUAUAUAUGCACAGUGGAUUUUUAUUCAACUAUUGGUAUAAGGGCUAGCAUACCAGAUCGUGUAAAUUAGUGUCCUGCCAUAGAAAUGUCUUGGCAAAUGAAGAAAUACUUGAUGGAGUAAGUGAACCCUGAGAACAUUCUUUCAUUAGAAUGACUUCCAGCAACAGUAAGCCGAUCUUCUGCAUCUCGACCAAGAACUUCUCCACAUCAAAGCAUCCUCUUAAGGAGCUGCCCGUAACCAUAAAAAAAUGAGGAGAGUUCAGAGGUCUGUGACUUCAUCAUCGAUGCGGGAAUUGGCAAAUUGUGCGAUCACGACCCACCACUUUGAGUCAAUAUUUCAUGCCCCUGCGGAAGAGCUGAUCCUGUCCAUCAUCACUCGCAACCUUCCCGAUACCCGCCGCCCUACCGUAGUUUAAUUGCCAACAAUGCUGCUGUCCGGCCACUGCAAUUGAUUAUGAUUCAACAAUUAAGGGUUCACUUGAGUUUGCUAUGUGUUAUUGUGGUAGGUUGCACACCCAAAGACAAUCAUAACUUUAUAGGAGUAUGUGAUCCACUAAGGCUUUCAAGGUCUUGAACAAAAGCGCUAGCUUGAGCACAACACAAGGAGAUGAUAGAAUACGAUGUGAAGAUCUCUAGCAGAUGAAGAAUAUUACUAAAGAAGACUCUUUGCACAUACUCCAUCAAAGCAAUGGGUUUUCUACAAGGAGUUCAAGGUACAAAGGAGUUACAGUGCUCAAAUGUGGACGACAGGAGGCUAGAUUAGGGCAAUUCCUUGGGAAGAAGUUGAAUCUUGCCAGUCGCAAUUCUGCAGUUCCAGACAGUAGCGAGAAGUGGCCAAUGAUGAAGCUACCCUAUCAGUCAUCGGAAUGAUGGAAUGUUGCAACCUUCAAACCCAUCUGCUUUAUUUUUACCCUAUCACCUAAUUAGUCUAUUUUGUGGUUUCAGGCCUCAAAGCCAUGAUGGACUUGCCUAUGAAAUUAAAUUUUACAGCAACACAAACUCACAAGGGAUUCAACAUUGUUAGGUGAUUCAAAUUGGAUGGAGGUUUCUUCAAGUUAUCCAUAUGAAGAAUUGUGCGCGGAUGUGUUGAGCUAAGUUGAUGGCCAAGGAUUUGCAUUGAAAUGAGUGGUGCCUCAAACACAUAUUUCGAGAUGUGCUAAUAGGCAUAUCUUUGAAGGCAUGGCAGCGUUAGAACAACCAUUGGCCACCAGCACUCUAAGCCUAAGCCUAAGCUGAGGGGUAGAACAAAUUUGAGUAGAGAUGAUCCCUAGUGGUUUCCAACCAUUGGUCUUUGGUGACAAAGCUUCCUUCUCAGUUGUCCUAUAUCUGAGAUUCUGUAACGAGGCUGUGAUGAUCAUUUGCUCUGCUUCACUCUCAUUUUUUGGAUACAGAAUAUGGGACAUUGGGGAUGACCCAGUCCAUACAUUGGCAUGGCAAGCUGGAAUUUUCCCUGGAUAUUUGCAGCCAUGGGGGUGCAUACCAUCUCUAUUCAGCAGUCAAUCCAAGCCUCACCAAAUUAGUAUGGUAUGUUUGGACCAUGGAAAAUGCGAGGCAAAGAAUAGAACUGGUAAGGAACAUUAUUUUUUCUGUGUUUGUUUGGUUUUCUUGAAAGAUGCAACCGAAAAUGAAAAAAUGCUUAUUUUUUGAACAUGUUUAAGUACUGAAUUGUACCACCUGUGUGCUUUGGAUUUACCAGCAUGUAAUGACCAUGCAGUAAUUAACGAUCAGUUAAUUUGGCAUCUUUUCUAUCCAUAUUUGGAAUGUUAGUAGAUAGUUGUACUAAAAGGCUGUCCGUUAA